AUGGUUGCUCUAAAGCUCUUUCAACCAGAACGGAAUUCGUCACGGCCAUCAACCAGUCCUGGAUAUGCGCUGAAUGAACAGUACUUUGGUGACGUUUCUAGAGAAACUCAUCUUGAUCCCGGUCACCUAUACCCGGCCCCUCCAUCACCGGCACUUCCCUCUCCCGUUCAAAAAGUAGGACGGUCUUUAGAUGUCUCUCAUCAUUUUGAGCAGAUUGAAAAACAAUUCGAAGAUCUACACCAGAACCUGGGACCGAGACCACUAUCGUCUCAAUCUUCUUUGGCGCCCAAUGUACCGAAUGUACCGGGUGGCCGUCUAGCUCCAAGAGCAUCCAAUUCUCGACACAUCGAUUUGAUGGAUGCUAUUGCUUUAUCCGAGCGUCAUCACCAGGAGUCUAGCCCUCCUUCUAUAUCGCCGCCCGCCAGUCCAUACAAUGAAGAUGUUGCAGAGCGGAACAUGACUAGAUUUCUUCGGAUCCAAUAUCGAAGCGGACUGGCAAACUCUCGAAUAUUAUCCGCAUUAUAUCAGGAGGAUGUUGCAGACAGGAACAUUGCAAAGUAUGGAGGCCCAACUCGUUCAUUAUCAGCAUUGAGUUGCCGGUCUUCCCCUCCUGCGCCUGGCAGAGUGCGUAAAUUGAGCCCGGAUGCACAGAAACGCAAUCCGAGGAAACCCAAUUGGACAUCAGAUGGAGACUUGCGCAAUCGUUCGUCACCGGACGAUGCCUCUUCGAGGGCUUCGGAUUCUAGCAAUCACCUUCGUCUGCAAAGAUCGGCACCAAGUUUGUCUGCCGAGGCAGAUGAUUCUGAAGAUGAAGACGCCGCCCCUCCAGUAAUUCCACGCUUGGGUGUUCCGCCCGCCUACAAACAAGGCAAGCGAUGGAGCAACACUCCCUUGCCAGACAGCCCGACCUUGCCCCCUCCAUUAGGUGGGGGUGAUGAUGUCGACAGCGACAAGGGCAGUAAGCCAAAGAUACCCACACCUGCUCUCCAGCCUCCUUCUCCAACCGCUAGGAGCUCGUCUUUGGGUCUGAGAAGUACCUCCCCGCCUCCUGCGGGGUCAACAUCAAGGAAGAAUGUUCGAGAUCUAUCGAUCAACACCCAACUGGCUUCAAAGGGCCGGCCGAAAAUUGGACAUCGCGCCAUUCAGCCUCCCACACCCUCCAAUAAUAAUACUAAGCGAGCGCCUAGCAUUGCAGAGGUCAUGAAUAGCCCACUGCCUGUGCAAACACCGACUUCUGCUGCACCCUCGCCUCGUUUCAAGGUCUCGGAGAUGAUGGAUCUGUUUAAACAGGCCUACAUGUCAACUCAUGCCCUGAGUUCCCACCCAACCUAUGAAUCUCUACAAGAUGCAAUUGUUCGUGAAAUAAACUCCCACGACGCAUUCAAGCGUGUGCCUGUCCCUGCUACUGCUGGGCCACUAUUCACACCAUCAGAUGAGGACUCAUUUGCUGGUGCGUACCCAGGAUUAAACCGCAGUGCAUCGGCUGGUCAAUUUUCAAAAAUCAUGAGGAAAGGCUCCUUCAGGAAACAUAAGAGAAAUACCGAAUCCAGUCGCAGCAUCUCUACCAGCGUACCCUCAAAAGGAUAUGACCGACUUCGCCGCAAGGUCUCCGGCUCUCCUACUCGACGCAGACACACCGAUGCCCCAGCCCCAUCACCAGGCCUUCUGGCCGAUUUCCAAAAAUCCAAGGACAAAGUCCCUCAGACUUCAUCUGGGGAACAGCUUACAUACAUGGAUGUUCUGGCCCGGGCUAGCAAUGACCAACCCGGAUCCAAGAUUCAAGCCUCCUCCACCCCCAACAUCACAGCCACCCGCUCCACAACCCCGGUUUCCACGAUAUCCAACCCCUUCGGAACAGUCUACUGCAUGCAGGCACACUCCACCCCGUCCAAGGACAGCAGAAGCAGCAUGUCGAUUGAAGACUGCGAUGACGACAUCAUUCAUCUCCCCAGUAUCGGCGCCCCAACUCCCCGGGUGCAGAUUGAAGGCGUGGAUGAGAAUAAUGUCCGCUAUGUGAUUGACGGUUCUACGGCUACUGGUGCCCAGGGCCUCAUGAGCUGGCCACAGCGUCUCCGUCGCAUUCAACCGGCCCAGUCUUUCUGUGAAAACAGCUUGUCGCCGCUGUCCCGUGCGAGGAUGCAACUUCGUGGUGCUCGCUCUGUCGAGACUUACUAG